ACUACGUUCAUAUUACGGCGGCAUCCUAGACAGCUUGAGUCUACCAUGAGGGCGGUCGUGCAGCGCGUCGCCUCUGCAUCCGUUACUGUCGACGGCAAAGUGAUCUCUAGCAUAUCAAAAGGUUUGAUGGUGCUAAUUGGCAUUGGGUCUGACGAUACCCCUGCUGAUAUAGAUAUCUUGUCCAAUAAGAUUUUGUCCCUUCGGGUGUUCUCAGAUGCCAGUGGGACCAUGUGGAAGAAAAGCGUCAAAGACAUCUCUGGCGAGGUGUUAUGCGUAUCGCAAUUCACUCUGAUGGCCAACACUAGCAAAGGAAAUAAGCCCGACUUCCAUCGCGCUAUGUCCUCUGAGUCGUCGCGGCAAUUUUAUUCUGCCUUCCUAGGCAAGAUGCGCCAGCUUUACGUUGCAGAUCGCAUUCAAGAUGGACAGUUUGGCGCCAUGAUGGAUGUGACCUUGACGAACGAGGGUCCCAUUACUUUCACCCUGGACUCUCGGAAGUUCGAGUACGUUACCCCUAUGACACACAACAACGGUGGCCGAAAGGUUGAGAAGCCAUUGAAGCCGGGAAACUCAACUUUGACGCCGGUUGAUCUAGAGAUUGCUUCGGAUCCAUAAUGACGGUGCUAGCUGUUAAACUACUGUACCGCAUUGGUGGUUCAUAACCUUCUAAUUCUCUUCGGGACCGGUGUCGCACCUACUAGUGACAUUUCAUCGGAAGUCGCUUAUACUUCUACCGGUGAGGCACGGUUCUUAAGAGUGAUUCCAACAUCAGAGGCGUCCUGGUUUUCGAGAAUAUGGCAUACAUCCUCUAGGAAUAUUGCAUGUACUGUUUUG